CAGCGGCGCAGCAGGAGGCUGUAAUUGCGCCCGCUGAGAGCAGGAGCUUUUUUUGAACUCAAAUGGGUGAUGAAAAGGAUUCUUGGAAAGUGAAAACUUUAGAUGAAAUUCUUCAGGAAAAAAAACGAAGGAAGGAGCAAGAAGAGAAGGCAGAGAUAAAACGCAUGAAAAAUUCGGAUGAUCGGGAUUCAAAGCGGGAUUCCCUUGAAGAGGGGGAGCUGAGAGAUCACCGCAUGGAAAUAACAAUCAGAAAUUCACCUUACAGAAGGGAAGACUCUAUGGAAGACAGAGGAGAAGAAGAUGAUUCCUUGGCUAUAAAACCACCACAGCAAAUGUCACGGAAAGAAAAAACUCAUCAUAGAAAAGAUGAGAAGAGGAAAGAGAAGCGUAGACAUCGUAGUCAUUCAGCAGAAGGCGGGAAACAUGCCAGAGUGAAAGAGAAAGAACGGGAACAUGAGCGUAGGAAGAGACAUAGAGAAGAGCAGGAUAAAGCCCGACGUGAAUGGGAAAGACAGAAACGGAGAGAAAUGGCAAAGGAACCCCUUCCUUCUCUAAAAAACAGAAGCUGAAUUUGUAGUGAACUGUAAUGUAACAAAAAAUAAUUCUUUUCUAGAGAUCGUCUGGAACAACUUGAGCGAGAACGAGAGAGAAAAAUCAGAGAGCAGCAAAAAGAACAAAGGGAGCAAAAAGAACGAGAAAGACGAGCUGAAGAAAGGCGUAAGGAAAGGGAAGCCAGAAGAGAAGUUUCUGCACAUCAUAGAACAGUGAGGGAAGAAUAUGGCGACAAAGUAAAAAUGAGACCCUGGAGUCGCAGCCCAUUACGACAACAAAGAGACAAGCUUGAGCAAGGAGAUGGCAGGAAACCAGUAAAAGAAGAGAAACCAGAAGAGAGAGAUCCCCUUUCAGACUUGCAAGACAUCAGUGACAGCGAGAGGAAAACCAGCUCGGCAGAGUCAUCAUCAGAAUCUGGAUCAGGCUCGGAAGAAGAGGAAGAAGAGUCUAGCAGUGAAGGAUCUGAGGAAGAGGGAGAGGAAGAGGAGGAGGAAGAGGAGACGGGAAGCAAUUCUGAGGAAGUGUCUGAGCAGUCAGCUGAAGAGGUGAGCGAAGAAGAAAUGAGUGAAGAGGAAGAACAGGAGAAUGGAAACCACAUCCCAGUUGUUACAGAGUCAAGGUUUGACGAGUCAGGAAGUGAAGGAGAAGAGGAGGAAGUUGGGGAGGGUACCCCUCAUUCCAAUGCAAUGACAGAAGGAGACUAUAUUCCUGACUCACCAGCUUCCUCCCCCAUUGAAUUGAAACAAGAGCUUCCUAAGUAUCUUCCUGCGCUUCAGGGGUGUCGUAGUGUGGAGGAAUUUCAGUGUUUGAACAGGAUUGAAGAGGGAACGUAUGGUGUGGUCUACAGAGCAAAAGACAAAAAGACUGAUGAAAUUGUGGCUCUGAAGCGACUGAAAAUGGAAAAGGAAAAGGAAGGUUUUCCCAUUACUUCUCUUAGAGAAAUAAAUACUAUUCUGAAAGCACAGCAUCCAAAUAUUGUCACUGUCAGAGAAAUUGUUGUAGGUAGUAAUAUGGAUAAAAUCUAUAUUGUAAUGAACUAUGUAGAACAUGAUCUCAAGAGUCUAAUGGAAACAAUGAAGCAACCAUUUUUACCAGGUGAAGUGAAAACCUUGAUGAUUCAGUUACUGCGAGGAGUCAAGCAUCUUCAUGACAACUGGAUACUUCACCGAGACUUGAAAACUUCCAACCUGUUGCUUAGUCAUUCAGGCAUUUUAAAAGUUGGGGAUUUUGGACUAGCUCGAGAAUAUGGAUCUCCACUGAAGCCUUACACACCUGUAGUUGUGACACUUUGGUACAGGGCUCCAGAGUUGUUGCUUGGUGCGAAGGAAUAUUCAACGGCAAUAGACAUGUGGUCAGUAGGGUGUAUAUUUGGAGAGCUGUUAACUCAGAAACCGCUGUUUCCAGGGAAAUCAGAAAUUGACCAGAUUAACAAAGUUUUUAAGGACCUGGGUACUCCAAGUGAAAAAAUCUGGCCUGGUUACAAUGAGCUGCCAGCUGUAAAGAAGAUGACAUUCACCGAGUAUCCCUAUAACAAUCUACGCAAGAGAUUUGGAGCGCUCCUCUCUGAUCAGGGGUUUGAUCUGAUGAACAAGUUUUUGACAUACUACCCAGCCAGAAGAAUCACUGCUGAAGAUGGUUUGAAGCAUGAGUAUUUCCGAGAGACUCCCCUUCCUAUUGACCCCUCCAUGUUUCCCACGUGGCCAGCAAAAAGUGAACAACAAAGGGUGAAACGUGGCACUAGCCCACGACCGCCUGAAGGAGGCCUUGGAUAUAGUCAAUUGGGCGAUGAUGAUCUGAAAGAUACAGGUUUUCAUCUGACCACCACAAAUCAGGGAGCAUCUGCUGCAGGACCUGGAUUCAGCCUCAAGUUUUAAACUCACCAUGAAGAAACAAACAAACAAAAAAACCCCCAAACUGUUCAUGUGAGUGGAUUUUGAGUGCCCCCAGUUCUGUUCUUCACAUCAGGGAGACUAGAUGCUUUUCACAGAAAAAAACCAAAUGUCAUCACAGAUUAAAAGGCUCUUGCUGGGUGUGGAGUAUAACUGCUGCAUUCCAUUUAGAGGACUGGAAUGAACCUGAAAAGCCAAGGAUCAUUACAAAAUUUGACAAAGGAAAACUUGAAGUACAAUCCUGGAACAGUUUUUUUUUGUGUUGUUUUUAGGGGUAUUUUUGCUUGUAAAUUUGUAGAAUUAAAAUACAUUUUUAAUUGUUUAACAGUGUGAAGGAUUUCAUUUCCUCACAUGCAGAAAACUUGGAUGUUGGUGGCAUUAAGUCUUCUAGAGUGGAAACCUCUGAGAGAUUUUUUUUUUUUUUUGUCUGUUUCCCUGUCUGCUGCUUAAACUAUUUUAGCAUAUUGUCAGCCCAGACAAACAACUUCUUUCAUAAGUUUUAUGUGGCUGAAGGUAGUUGUUUGGGCAAGAAAUCAUGACGCUGCUGAAGUUUCUCUCCUGUUCUGUGCCUUGCAGAGACUAGGCUGUGCUUGAUAGUCACUGACAACGUUUUUGAGUGCGCUUUUGAGUGACCACUUCACUGUUUGAGUUGUCACGUACAUGUAUUUACAAUGGUACUGGUGCAAAAGGACUAAUAUAUUGUUUUAUACAUCAAAAAAGAUUUAUUAUGGAGAAUUGAAACUUUAUUUCCUAUAGAAUUUCUUUUAAAUAUCCCUUUUCCAUUAAAAGAAAAAAAUAAGAGAUUAGUUGUACUGACUGUAUAUAAAAUGCCAUAUUCAAAUUCCUUCUCACAAGAGGAAUCAUGUUGGAAUGUCAGUGUCUUUUGGGUCUCUUAAUUUAUGAUGCUAUCAUUCUUUUUGGGGGCAGGAAGAUUUGGAAAAUACUGCCAAAUAUUGGGGUAUUCACGUAGUCAGACUUGGGCACCAGUCCAGUAAAAGGCUUAAUUUAAACAGUAAACAUUCCACUGACUUCAGUGCAUUUUAAGAGAUUUUACUGGACAUCGGGGCCUUGGAACUGGAAUUUAGAUAUACUAAAAUUGUAAAUUUUGAAAAAAGGGUGCUUCUAUGAAGGGAGACAGAGCUGUUUUCUGUUUAGGCCUCAUUUCCUGAUACUGGAGUAGAAACAGUUGUAUUACUGCUCUUUUACUGAAGUGUGCAUGAUUUUUGUGAGAUUCCUCCAUGAUGAUCAUAUGCAGAGCUCAAUAACCUAUGAAAAAGCAGUUUCUCUGCUACAUCCCACAGACUGCAGCGCAGAAGAACCAUUUUGCCAUGGCCUGUGAUAAACUGUGAAGGAUUAAAAAUGUGACUGUUUUUUUUUUUUUUUUCCAAGCUCUGGUGUGCACCUUGCACUCUGUGACGUUACUUCCUUACUAACUUCCUUGGCAUUGUUGCAGCCAGCAGGGACAUCACUCAUGGAAGGUCUGAUUCCCUGACAAAAGGAAAUAAUUAUUUAUCUAAGUAAGUUGGAUGUUUUCAGUUUUAAAAAGGCAAAAACAACCCUAAUGCUGGAUUAUAAUGAGAAUUUGAUAUGGCUCUGAGGUAUGUGUAAUUCCAAUUUUCUUCACAGAAGAGGAAUAUCGGCUCUUCCUCAGUAGAGCAGCAUUGUUCAGUUGCUGCAUCUCAGCUUUUAUUUUGGCUCAAAUGUCUAUUUUUGCAAAGAAUGCUUGCAGUUUACAAUCCUGAUUGUGAUUGUCCAUAUGAAAGACGCAUUUUUAAAUUUUUUUACUACCCUGUCAUCUCAGCUGAAUGUGAUGGUAAAGGUGAAGCCUAAGCUUAUUUAUUCAUGCUAAACAAAUAUGUGAGAAUUGAAAGGGGAUAAAAAUACCUAAAUGAUAAUUGUACGUUACCAGCAAUGACUAUCGGUAUUUAACUGUUUUAAGCAGGCCUUUCAUAUACAAUUGGGAGACGUUCUUUCCGUGAUGGGCUAACUUAAAUCUGGAAUUUUGACAGUGAUAAGGGAAUUGUUUGUUUUUAAUCGUAUGCAAGGGCAAAUGAGGAGAGAAGAUAAGUUAAAUAAGUCAGUUUCACCAGGAACAGUAUUACAGUAUUUAAUUAAUUAGUUUGAAAUCAUGCCUGUUUAAACAAUUGAUUUCAGCAGUGUGGAAGAAUUGCAGAAGUAUAUCAUUUACACCAAAGUGGAAAUUCCACUGUAUGAGAGCAUGGUGACAUUACAGGAUUUUUUGCAGUUUAGGUACUUAUUUUGCUGUUGAUUUAUUUCAGGUUUUAUUUUUGUAAAAUCAGAUUAUAAUCCAAGAUAAAGCCAGCUUGUUUGCUUACCUUGAGGAUAUCUCCAGAUCUGUGAAGUGUUUUCCAUACCAGCAAAUCAGCAUUUCAACAAAUGGGAGCUAUGACAUCAUUAACAUUUAAUGAUUCUAUAACAUGCAGCCUUCCUGUGCAUGGGAAGAGAGAAGGCUCUUUUUUUUUUUUUUUUGGCUUAUUUACAGAAAUUCAAGCUUUUUGUUUCCUGAGUUUCUUGAAGAUUCUGUAGGGUGACCAGGCAGCCUUGAAAUUGCAGACCGUAGAGCAGAUUUGAAUGCUGAGUGCUGUGCUAUGCCCUUUGUGUGAAUGGCAUUCUGGUGGCAGAGCUGGGUUGUGACCUGGUGUAUUAAACCUGCAAUGUUUCCUUGGUUUCUUCCACCUGCCUUCAGGUCAACAGCCAGUCUUUGAAGGUGGCUAACGUCUUGCAGGAUGUCUGUGGCAAAGCAGUCCUUGGCAACCAGUGCUUACUCUGCUUCUGCCUCUGCCUCUGCUUCCACUUUUGCCUGUGCAUUCACUUAUUUUCCAAAUGCCAGCUUGGACAGUGCCUGCCAGGCGCCAUCAGAGAGUUGGAAAGAGCUACAGAGAUAAUUGGCAGGUUACUGCAACAUUAAUAAGCAGGAUUCAGAAAAGUUGUAUGAACCUUGUUUAUCAGAAAUGAUAUGUCUAAAAACCAGUGUUAAACUGUAGUGAGACGUGAGAUGAAGGACUUUGGUUCUGCCCAGAGAUUAGGCCUCCUUGCAGCUGAAGUGGUGACAUCCCCUUGUGAGUUACUGAUGGCUACAGUGAUCAGCUGAUUGUUCUUGUUCCUCUCCUCCAAAUCCCAAAGACAGAGCUGCCUUGGGAGGAGAUGCUCAGAUCGAUGUGGUGUAGCUCUGGUCCGUUAAACAAAGAUGGGCAGAGUUUGUGCUAGAUGUCUGCCAGUAAAACUACCACCGUUGCAAUUGUCUCGGCAAACCGCUGUUGUUACUAGUUUCUCUCUUUUCCCUUGCAAUUUUGCUGUCCUGGGACAGAGCAGAGUUUUACUGAUAGAGCCUUUCUGCUCUAAUACAGGUCUUCCUAGACUGCUGUCUCUUACUGCAUUGUGAGAUGCUUUGGUUUUGUUCGUGUUCGUUAAGUAGGGAGAAACUUAUUGCAAGAGGUUAAGUGGACAACUAAAAAGGAGUGACACUGAGCAAAGAGUAAUUUAGGCUGCUUUAAUAUUGGGAAAAAUGUCUUAACGCACAAUCUGUUAGACUCUGGUAUGGCCAAGAGAGGCAGUGGAAAGCUCAAUUCUUGAGUCGUUUAAAAACUGGACUGAAUUAAACUGUUACCUGGGUCAAAACCUCCACUUGCACUGAUGAGGCCCUUUCUAGCUCUUGAGUCAAUGAAAGACAUUAUCUGAAGGCAGGGAUGCAUCUGUCAUUGUCCACAUGAGUUUAUUCUGCAAUAACAUACUAAGGCUUGUCUAGGCUAGUUUCUGAGACAGAUGUUCAACCAGUGCUAAAGUAGCUUAGUUUCAUUACAGCCAAGUGGCAUUAUGCAAACUGAAAAGGACUUAAGGAUAAAUCAUUCCACCUUUCUUUCGAGUUUCUCAUUAAAUGUAAUGACUGUCAGGGGCUGUUGACUGUGCAAAUGAACGCUCCACUGAUACAGAUGUUUAAGUGCACUUGGUUUUGCCCACUAAUACUACUGCCAUUUUCUUGUCCGCUGUCGCAUAUUUACCUCAUCUUGGGGUGAUGGGGGGGGUGAGGAUAGUGAUAGAAAUGAUCUUAUCUCUACAGAAGGGAUCCAGAGGCUUACUGAUCAGACACCUAAAGGACAAUUUAUGAGGAGCUGCAGAUGAAGGUAAAUAGUAUAUGGUAUAUUGACCAAGUAAUAAAUGCAUAUGACAGGAAAGCAGAUGGGGGG